CAUGAAUAUGCAUAUUAUGACUCUCAUAAGGACUGCUCACGUCACAUCACCACAACACAACUUGAUUCCAAAAUUGUCCACACUCUACUCUAGAUUUCCGUACCUUCUGGCACCUCUAUAAACACCUUGAAUUCCUUUUCACUUUUUCAUUAACUUAAGUCCAAGAUGAAGAGGCAGAGGGGUGUGAAUGUGAAUGCUGUUAGGCCCAUCAUGAAUAAUCCUCCCAGUGUUGAAGAUGUGGCAGCAGCAGCAAUGGGGAAGAAGAAAGUGAAGAAAGAGGGUGAGCAGAAGGUGGGGAAGCGUGUGGUGGAGGAAGAGGAGAGAAAGGAAAGUACUAGAGACAUGGUGGGUGUGGGUGUGGGUGUGGGUGGGUAUUUGCAGCAACAGCAACAAGGUGGUGGCAUGAUGGGUUGGAAUUGGGAGGAGAAUAUGCCAUUGGUGGGAGGUGUGGUGGAUGAACAAAUGUCAUGGGGCUCCACUUGGUUCCCUGGUUGGGACAUGGACUUGUUGGGGGGUGAUGCUUUCACUGCCUUGUACAAUGAUGUUCUUUGGGAUGAUGAUAUCUGGAACCUCAACAACCAAAUUCCAAUUCCCUUAGAUACUAAGAGGUUUCAUUUCGGCUAGAGUAGAGGUUGUUCUCAAGCCUCCAUUCAUGUCUUUAUGUUUCCUUUAGCUUAGGAAUGGAAUUCCAGUGUUUUCUCUUCAAUUUAUAUAGUAUGUUGAAUUCACUAUUUUUUUUUUUUAAUGCUAAUUUGGCUCGUCAAGAUUCCGUACCAUCUAAUGUAAGCUUCUUUAUUUGAGCUUGUAUAUAUACGCCAAAUCUUGUAACUUGGUAAUAA